ACUCCCGGUUAUAAGGGUCCACUGACUCAGCUACAGCUGGUCCGUGUAAGCGCUCCAACAGACACAGGUUCCUUUAGCUCAACCUGGGAGGUUCUCGACAAUGGCAGGCAAAAAAAUCUGCAUUAUUGGUUCUGGUAACUGGGGCUCUGCCAUUGCCAAGAUCGUGGGUGCCAAUGCAGCGAAACACGCCACAUUCGACAACACCGUGAACAUGUGGGUGUUUGAGGAGACGGUGAACGGACGCAAGCUCACAGAGAUCAUCAAUACGGAUCACGAGAAUGUCAAGUACCUCCCUGGACACAAGCUGCCCCCCAAUAUCGUAGCUGUCCCUGACCUUCUGGAGUCUGUGAAAGGAGCUGACAUCCUCAUCUUCGUCAUCCCACACCAGUUCAUCAAGAGGGUUUGCGACACCAUCAAGGGCCACAUCAAACCAGACUGUGUGGGGAUGUCACUCAUCAAGGGUGUUGAUGAGGGCCCAGAAGGCCUGAAACUGAUCUCUGAUGUGAUUCGAGAGCAACUGGGCAUCACCAUGACAGUUCUAAUGGGAGCCAACCUGGCCAAUGAGGUUGCAGACGAGAAGUUCUGUGAGACAACAAUUGGUUGCAAAUGCAAAAAGAUCGGGCCCGUACUGAAAGAAAUGAUGCAGACACUAAACUUCAGGGUAUCUGUGGUGGAAGAGGCUGAUGUUGUAGAGAUUUGUGGAGCUCUUAAGAACAUUGUUGCUGUGGGAGCAGGCUUCUGUGAUGGGCUGGGCUGUGGUGACAAUACCAAAGCUGCCGUAAUCCGUCUAGGCCUGAUGGAGAUGAUUGCCUUCGCCAAGUUUUUCUGCACCGCAGGGCCCGUUUCCCCCACCACUUUCCUGGAGAGCUGUGGUGUGGCCGAUCUCAUCACCACAUGCUACGGUGGCCGCAACCGCAAGAUCGGGGAAGCUUUUGCCAAAACGGGGAAGACCAUUGAAGAGCUGGAGAAAGAGAUGCUGAAUGGCCAGAAGCUGCAAGGUCCAGCCACAGCUGCAGAGGUCCACCGCAUCCUCAAAGGCAAAAACAUAGUCGACAAGUUCCCACUCUUCAAUGCUGUCUAUCAGAUCUGCUUCGAGAAACACCCCGUGAAAGAGUUUGUUACCUGCCUGCAGAACCACCCAGAGCACAUGUAACUGAUAUCCCAACUCAAGUAUAGCAGGGAGGUGUUGGGAACGUAGUUAGGUGUAAAGGGGAAAGGGUUUGGGAUUGAGAUUGGUCAUUGUGCCUGUGUUUUUGUACCCUAUGCAUCCCAAAACAAAAGAGGGGAGAAGAGUUGCCCUCCUUAGCCCACAAAGUGCUUCCAUCCAUUCAGUCUUAUUUCAAGUUCUCAGCAGUCCAUCUGAAACAAAAUGCUGCUUGCACUGAAUGAUGAGGUUUACUAUUUUUGGAUACCAGAGCUGUGGGUUUUAAUUACAGUUGUAUAGUGAUCUAUUUUCUUAAGGAAAGAUUGAAAUGCAAAUGAUUGUCUUAAGUAACUCUUCACUUGAAGGAGAAGUUCAUUGGCCCACUCUAUACCAACUGUUGCAUAAUUGUAACCAAAGUCUGGCCAUCUUUGAGAAAAGCAAAGAAAAAAGUGCCUUACGACUCUAAGUGUCUACCAUUGUCUGCAUGGGACUUUGUCCUCUGUCAAACUUCAACAGGACUCUUGGUAGCACUGAGGUGUUAGUCUUUAUGACUCUCUGUGCAUGUCAGGUCAUCAGAGGGUUGUACCUGGAGGUGUUUUGUAUCAUAUAUUGUAUGAGUACCAUGCAUAUUAUUAAAGGGAGAAACUGUUCAUAAAUAAAUGAUUAAAGUGUAAACGAAA